AUGUUGGCCGGUUGGAGAGAGCUGUCUACCAGGAUAAGUGCUAUACUUGGCUUCCUCCUUUUCUUCUGGCUCUUGUACUGCCAUCUGCCCAAAGAAGGAAAGGAGCUGGUGGUGGGGACAUGUGAGAUCACAGCCCUGGAUAGAGAUAUAAGCCAUCCCAAAAGGAUGAUUGCCCGACAAACAGCACGGUGUGCCUGUCGAAGAGGACAAGUUGCUGGAACAACUAAAGCAAAACCUGCCUGUGUAGAUGCCCAGAUCAUUGUUAAUAAACAGUGGUGUGGAAUGGAGCCCUGUGAUGAAGGGGAGCAAUGCACUUUAUUAAUCAAUCGUUCUGGCUGGAGUUGUACUAGGCAACUGGGACGAAUAAAAACAGUCACAGUAAGUAACCUGCCCUGA